UCCGGGAGACGCGUUGGCAAUUGCCUAAACACAAGAAGCAAGCGGCGACAGCAGUAGCAGCCGCGGCAGCAGCAGGAGCCCGCUAGGCCAAAGGGAGCAGCGUUCGGAUGUUCCGAACAAGCCAAACAAGCCCAUAAUUUGACAGCCAUUGGUCAUGAACAGGAAGUCCUGACAUGGACGCGGAGAUCAUUCCCAAGUUUGCCACUAAGGACGAAGAAGUUGAUUACUGGAAGUCACAAGCCCUCAAGUAUAAGAAAAGCUGCCACGACGCUCGCGAGGAGCUGCAGGAGUUCCAAGAAGGCAGCCAAGAACUGGAGGCCGAGCUGGAAGCGCAACUGGGCCAGGCCGAGCGCCGCCUGCGUGAGCUGCAGAGCGAAAACGAGCGGCUGAGAAACGAGGCCGACAACCUUAAGGAGAAACUAGAGAAGCAGUACGCACAAAGCUACGAGCAGAUCUCCACUCUGGAGGAUGACCUCGGCCGGACGCGAAGCAUCAAGGAACAGCUCCACAAGUCCGUGCGCAAGCUGGAGCAAGCCAACGAUGACUUGGAGAGGGCCAAAAGGGCUACCAUCGUCUCCCUGGAGGACUUUGAGGGCCGCUUGAACCAAGCCAUUGAGAGAAACGCCUUCCUGGAGAGCGAGCUGGAUGAGAAGGAGUCGCUCUUGGUGUCGGUGCAGCGGCUCAAAGACGAAGCGCGAGACCUCCGACAGGAACUAGCGGUGCGCGAGAGGACGACGGACAGGAUGUCUGCGCCCAGCUCUCCCACUCUGGAUCCGGACAAGGCCGACUCGGCCGUGCAGGCGUCAAUUUCGCUGCCCGCCACGCCGGUGGGACAGAACGCCGAGCAUACUUUUGGCGGACCCAAAGCGCUAACCAACGGCUGCGGCAGCUCAUCUCUCACGCCUUCGGCCAGAAUGUCGGCACUCAACAUCGUGGGCGACCUGCUCAGAAAAGUCGGGGCUUUGGAGUCCAAACUGGCCGCCUGCCGGAGUUUCGCCAAAGACCAGGCGUCGAGAAAAGCGGAAAACGGCGCCGUCGUCAACGGCAACGCCGCCAAAUUCUCGCACGCCAUCCACACCACCUACUUCGACAAAAGCGGCGCCGUCAACGGACUGGACUCCAGAACCGUCUCCCCGCCGGGUUUACUACCCCUGCGCGUGUGACAACGACCGUCGAACCGGGCUCUUACGGGAAUUGUGUGUUUGCACAAGAGACUCUACGACACGAAGCGUCUCUAAAUUGUAUUGUUGAGUUUCCGUCGCAUGGGCGUUACUAACGCCAAGGUGACAGCCCCGCCUUUUUCGCGGCGGCGGCGCACCGUCCUCGCCCCCUUCUGAACGACAAAAGGUCCCGUUUGACCUCGCGAACCGUCAUUUGCACACUUGGACGAUUUCUUCCCCUGUUCAGAAUGUAUUCUAUUUAAUGAUAAGGGAUGCGUUCAUGUUAACUUAUCUCAGCAAUGCAGUAUUUUCUCGCGUGGCGUUUUUUUUUUCUCGGGUUUUCCCCGCGUCCACACUUUUGACUGAAGUGAAUGUUGAUCGUUCCAAGCCUCGUAGCCAAAGUGCGCUCAAGGCGCACAUGUGUGGAGUGGGUCUUUUUUUAUACCUGUGUGUGUGUGUGUGAAGAAACUGGCAAAUUUACCUCAGUUUGACAUGUCGGUGAGUGAUGAUACCGGCCCUUUAAAUCUAACAAAUUGGCAAGGAAGCAAAGGACAAGAGUGUGCUUAGUGUUUAAUUUGCUUUUCAAAUUGUGAAUUUUGUGGGCUGUGAGAAACAUGCCAAAUAAAACUAGUCCAGUAUUUGCAAAGAUUCUUCAAAACAUCCCCCGGCGACCGAAGAAUUCCGUCGCUCGUUUUGCCACCUUUGUACAAGAUAUCCACGUUGAAGCUCCUUUUUAUUUAUUGUUUCCCCGUGUGUCGCCAGGGUGCACGGCGGGAUGAUCUUAACUUUGUUGGAAUAAAUAAAGAUUGACAGGAGCACCGCGUUGCGUCCUUUCCCUCGGGAGCUGAAGUCUCAAACCGAGAGGCCCAAAUGCUUUUCCAUGUCCGCCUUUAAGACGUUCUUCUUGAUCUAUGACACAGGUCAAAUUUAGUUUGAAUCAGGGGUGUCCAAGCCCAUGAUGAAAACAUCAGUGAAUAUGGCCAGCACAAGAAGAUUGAAUUCAGCCUACAGUGCCUUCCAUAAUUAUUGACACCCCUGGUUAAGAUGUGUUUUUUUAGCUUCUAAUAUAUACAGUGCCUUGCAAAAGUAUUCGGCCCC